AUGCCCGCUCACAUAUCGCAGUCGAAGGCCUCUACAUGGCAUCCCUACAAUGUCGAGCUCCCCGAGGAGACCGCCGAAGAAGAAGUCGACGAUACCCAGGAGAUUCAGAUCGAAGAGGCGCUGAAACUGUACCAAACCGCCCUCAAAUACCACUCCGAAGGCCCUCCCUCGUUCGACAAGACCGCCGCAGCUUACAAGGCUCUCUUCGAAUCAGAGAUUUUCAAAUACGCCGAAUCCCUCUCGGAAUACCAGCGGCAUGAGGUCUUUGGCGAAGACCUGGUGUUCGACACCAUAUUGGAGGACGACUACGAUGCAGGCCCCGUCCAGUCCACAGGCGCUGCCGACAGCGCCCCCAACACACUCCAGCAAAUACUGCACCUGUCAUACAAGAACCAUGGCCAGUUUCUGCUUGAGGCGAUGCAGCAUUGGAUCGCUACCAGCGGCGUGUCACCGCAGAUGGAGGCAUGGAACAACACACGUGGCGCCCUAAACUACUUUGCCGAGGCUUUGGAUAAGGAGGACACCGACCUGGAUCUCUGGCUGCGUGCGGCAUCUGUCGCGGCUAUGCUGGGCAGCAAGCGCCUUACUCGCUACUGUCUGGAGGCAGUCUUGGAUGGAAACGACGAGCAGUGGGAGAGCCUGUUACGACUUCCUGGGCUGGAGGAGGGUUUUGCCGGACAACAAUUGCGCGAGCUUGUGGGACGUCUCGAAGAUAAUGUCUCACUGAGCCAGGCCCCACUAUCCUCCAUCAAGCGCAAGAAGCUUUCCGAAACGCUGAAGAGACGCCUAAAUCCAUUUCCGUUCGCGCCCCUCCCGGCCGAUGUCGCCCUCGCCGAAAGCCUACACAACAUCAAGGUAGCACCAGAGAGCGUGACCCUGACUCCGACCAAGUGGGACUGGGCAGGACUGGGUGAUAUCAUCGUACGGCAGUUCCUCUCGGAGCAACAGGGCAUGACGCCUAACGUGCCUUCUGGUUCCAACAUAGUCUUCAGUAUACCACCCGAGAGCGAGACUCCUGAGCGCAUCGAGUCUGAACCACCCGCACCAGUACAGGAAGCCUUGAUGCCCGCACCUGCGCCCGCUCCGACCCCGUCGCCACAGAUCGAAGAACCCAACACUGCAGCGACCGAAGUGGAGAACGUACCCGAGAAGGAUGGCGAAGAUACCAUAAUGGAAGAGCAGGAGGCCGAGAGCGAGGUCAAGAAUGAGGAGGCUGCACCUGUUGGCCCUUCCAAUGUCGCACCAGUCCCGUCGCGCAAACGAUCGACAGACUCUGCUGGUCUACCCGAAACCGCAGAGGGUGGAAGGUCACGCAGUAAACGCAUUCGAGGUCGAGAGUCAAUUCUUGAACCGACAAUCGGCAAUGCAGCUCAAGAGGCCAGUAAACAGCUUGAUGUACAACUUGAACCAUACACAUACGCAGAUUCAUGCCUCUAUGAAAUCCUCAAGGACAUGUAUGCGAAGCUCGGUGUCGAAGGAAUGAAGGACCCUGAUGAGCUGCAUAAGCUGGUCAUGGCGCUCCCUGACGCCACUGCUACAGAUCCCAUUGACAAGGCCGCUUGUGAUUUCUACACGGGACUACGAAGCGGGCACGUCAAGACUGCACAAAUCCUUCUCAGUUCCGAGUCUUUCGAUCUCCUCGGUGCGACUAGGGAACACGGACUCAAUGCAUUCCUGGGUUUUUCCAAAUCAAGUUCGAGUCAGGCCUCCAAUAAACCUUUGCUGGAAAACCAAGGCUUGAACGCAUUCGCAAGGUCUGUCAACAACGGUUGGCUUUCGAUUGAAGAAGUCGCAUUCGGCUGGAUCGAAUCUCUGUUUACUCCAGGUUACUGCUCCACGACAGGAACUCAACCGAGUGAUCAGUCAAGCUACCUGCAGUUUAGGUGGGCGGAAGAUCUCAAGCGAAACGUUGUACAAGUCAUUGUUCGUAUCGACGAGUUCAUAUACGAGCGCAUGGCCGAACGUGUCGACAGCCUCAAUCGGCGGAUACUGGAUGCUACGCAUCGGUCUCAAGCGUAUGAGCUCUCUGCCUUCGACAAGGCGCAGAUAGAGAUAGUGGAGGCACUGUUUGAGCUGCAUCUCGAUGUCUACUCUCUUAUCAAGCAUCCGCAAAGUGUAGUAGACGCCAGCACCCAAAUCCUCCAGAGUGACCGUCUAGAGAGAUGGGCUUUGCUCGCGCGGGAGGCUUUACAACUUCGAUCGGACUGCAGACCAGGUCAGGGCAUUGACGAUCUAGGUUUGCGCCAUAUCUGGGCGACAGUCUUUCAAAUGAGUGUCAACGACGAGGUGUUGCCGGAACAUGUAUUAUUUGCCAUGGCACAGUUGAAAGAUAUGUUUGAGCCUUUCGGCGAUCACACGAUUCAGAUACAGAACAACGCCGUCAUGCCGGAACUUUCAGUCGCCGCUAUUGAUCAGGAACUCGUGCGCAUUAGUAUGAAGGACUUCUUCCUCAAAGUCUUUGACCAAGAGGAACAGGACCCAGUGACGGUCAUCGAAAGCCUGGAACCGAUACUGGAGCUUGCGAACACAAAGGAGCCUAGUACCUCUCCGAAGCCGGACGGCUUGGAACAUGACAGCGUUGAUACACACAGCUCACCUACUGUAAGCACUGGCUCAGAACAGCAGCUCGAUCGCGCCUCGCCUGUUCUGGAAAUGCGGAAGUUCCUCGAUUCUGCGAAUGUCAAUGUUCGACUCUCCCUCUGGAAUAGGCUGCGCGUCGCAUACGAAGCCAUUGAUUAUCCUUCGAAGGUCUUGUCAUGCUUCCUUAGAAGCAUUGAGGCCCUUGUGGCAGAUCUCAGAUCUACAAACUUCCAGGAACUUCCAUUACUAGACCGUCAACACAAGCUCCUAACCCGAUAUCGGGUUAUCGACGACAUGGUUGUCAAGAUAAUCCGCAUCAUCCGAGAUGACGAAGCGCCAUUUGCCUGCCUCUCAUAUGAGCAUGUGCAAUCGUCCAUGUCCGCUAUCGCAGAACUGCUACAUAUUAUAUCAGCCGCAGACAUGCUCCGAGAUCUGAUCCGUGUCAAUCACAUCACCGUGCCUCGAGUAGAAUCUCAGCCAAAUGCGGCGUUCGCCAAUAUGAUGUCAAGACUCGACGACAUACACCUACGACUCUGGAUCCUGCAGUACCAUCUAUUCAAAGACGGCAUGUCCCAAGAUCCAGAGGCUUUCCCUACACCUUCUGACGAUUUGUUCGAUUUCAUCCGUCAUGUACAUCAUGCGACUGGCGUACGUGGCUUCUGUCACCUUUCCAACCGUCAAUUCUUAAGGCUUGCAAAGGACGAGCUACUUCGCAUGGAUGACAUCGUUGAUGGUCCCAGCCACGCCACCGAGCUCUGCCAGGUACUCCACGAUAUGUACGGAUUGAAGCUUUUCGUCGAGCCUCUGGACUGUCAGAGCUUUCAAACUACCCCAGACGUCCUUGACAAGAAAACUGCCUUCAGCAUCUUACCUUUCGCAAUGUCGCAAGCUGCUAAGGUCGAUCUUAAGGACCUACCGAAGACCGAGCUCAAGGGUACCAUCGAGAAGGUGCAUGCUGCUCUCGGUCGGCCCAAACAGAACGAGGACAUCACCUUUAACCGCAAAGUCAUUUCCACUUACUUCAAAUCGCCGGUCAAUCCAGUGGCACUGUUUGGUUGUCUGAAAGGCGUUGGUUCGCUCGCCACGAAACACAUUCCUGCUGACGAAGCUGUGGCUGCAUCGAAGGGCUGGUACUAUAUGAUGGGAAACAUCGCGCUGAGCAAAUUCCGAUCGCAGAAACGUAUGACCCAGGGACCGACAGAAGACCUCAACUACGCCCAAGCAUUCUUUGUGCAGGACCUGGAGCACUCCAUUGAACGGUGGGAGACCUGGUAUCGGCUUGCCCAAGCCAACGACACGCAGCUUGAAGAGGCUGUAUCUUGGAACGCAGACAAGAUGAACAGCAAUAGUGCCGAGGUGGUUAAUUUCCAGCGUGCUGCAAUCAAUUGCUACAUUAUGGCUGUAGCCUGCGCUACCCGCGAUGCUAACAUCACGCCGAUCGAUCAAACCAAGAUUGCACAGAUGUACACCGAGUUUGGAAACCGCAUGUACGCCUCAUCCAGGGAACCAUUUGGUAUGGAAGCAUUCCAGAUCCGGGAAAGUGAAAAACGAUUCUGCAACCUACAAACGAACGCAUCCCUAUACAAAGAGGUAGUAUUUGCCCCACUGCAUGCCUACACUGCUUGGAAAUUCGCAAGCACUCUCUACAAGAGAGCCAUCAAGGGCAAUCCGAAUAAGUGGUGGAACCACUUCAUGCUUGGAAAGUGUGGUUGGAAGAUGUGGGCAGCAAAUGAUGGUGCGACGCAAUAUGCCAAGUCAAUAGGUGCACCGCUACCCCUUCCACGUGGUCCUUCCUGGGAGUCAGUCGUGGACGCAUUCAUCAGCGCCAUCGAAACACUGCCAGGAAAGAAGGGGCGCAGCGGCGAGCCAGUCCUUGAACCGCAUUACAAGCUCGUUUCCGUCACACACAAACUAUUCCUGCGAGGAGCCAUCGACCACGAGAAAGGGGUGGAGAUCCUCGCGAACACUUCCUACGCGCAGAACGUCAAAGCUCCGGAGAACAACGGUGACUGGCAGCGAUACGUACUCGCGGUAUUGAAAGCAUUGCGAGCGGCCGACAAGUCCAGUUGGCACCAUCGUAUCAUAUCUCGUGUGGCCCAUACUCUCUAUGACAACGGCAGAGAUCCAGUAUCGGCCAAUGAGGCUAAACAUGAGCUUACGCAGCAAAUGUUUACCAAGACCAUGGCUGUACAGGUUUGGAAACCUGAGAAUGAGCGACCUGGCCGACAUUUUGUCUACACUACACGGUAUACCAAGUUCUUUAUUGAACUAUUGGAUCUCACUGGAGACAAGACUAACUUUGAGGCGCUUGCUAAGCGUGUACGACGCAAGCAGACCGACUUCUUCGAGCACCAGAAAUUGUGGCAAGACUUAUGUCUGCGCUACAUCAAGAUGCUGCGAAAGAUUGGCAACGUACUUGAGGGCCAAGAAGAUUCUGCUUUCAAGUCUGUCAACCACGAUGAGUUCAACACGCUGGCUCUUCGGUUGGAAGCGUGGUGUCAGAACCCAGAGACUCAACAUCCCGUGCUGGAUGUUCUCCGUGAUGCCAUUGAACUCAAGCGUCUGAACAACGGCAUGAUGAAGCCUCUUCUCAUCGACGACCUGAUUGGCGAUGCAUACGCAAUGCUGUACACUUCAAUUGGGCCUUCGCUACCGCCCUUGCAAUCGGAGCAACAACCACAGCAGCCCUUGCAGCCUGCACCGCCUCGACCAUCGCCUUUCGGUAUAACCGCAACAGCUGCAGGUGCUGUACCUAUCUCCUCGUUGAUGCAGGUUCAGGUUGAUGGACCUGCUGACGGAAGUUCCGGUACGCCAUUUAACAUGUAUCACCCCAACCAGCUUCAGCCGCAGCACCCGCCGUCAAUGCCCCAAAUGCCCUCGCAGCCUGAGCAACCCGCAAAACCAAGAGCCAAGGCAGUGGGUCGUAGGGAGAUCGCUCGCCGAGCCGAAGCUUGUGUACAAAAGAUCGCAGGUACGGCGACUCAGCCAACAUCGAUGCCUAUCCGAUCGCCUCCACCCAGCGAAGCAGCGCUUCCCUCCAUCGUCGGACAAGCCGCCUCACCCGAAGCCGUCGCGCAACCAGCACUUGGACCAGGCACAUCCACCGAACAUCUACACCCUUCCUUCGACAAGAGCGGUACAGCGACCGCAUCUGCCAGUAUCAACAACGACGAGCCCGAACGCAGCGCACCCGCUUCCAUCCACGACGAUGCAGACGACGAGAGCGAGCUUAGCGAGCUAGACGAAGAAGAGGUGGAAGAGAUUCAUCAGGAAGUUCAGAACGAUAAUCUGCGUAGAUCGGUAUCUAUUGCAGGAAAGCCUCUCUUUCCUAAUCUGGCGGCUAAUCGAGUUAGUCCCGAAGGAAAAAGGAAUGAGACGGCUGCUGGAGAUGAUGCGGCGGAUGAUGAUGGCGAUGUUAUUCACGUUAUGUCGAGGAAGGAGGAUGGCGAUGUUAUACAUGUUGGUGCUAAGAAGGAUGAGGAUGCGAUGGAUGUUGACGGCGAGAAGAAGUAG